UUACACCAAAUGCUCCAAUCGGCUAUCCAUGGUAACAACCGUAUACUGGAGAGCGCUUAGAUGUUGCAGGGCGAGUUUGAGUCUAUAUAACUUAGGCAUUCACCGGAGGUCCUGGCGUUCAAAUGAGCUAUCGCUGAGAAGGACAAAUCGAUUGGUUGAGUUGAUGCCGCAUAGGAGUGGUCGAGUUUAAAUCGUUUAUAUCUGGCGAUGCCGAUUAUGAAAUAGUGGGAGAAUAUGACAUAAGAAAGUAAAAUGGUGUAGAAAUGGACUGAAGUUGGAAAUGAACGGAAUGGAGCUGGGUAAAGGUGGAAUGUAGAACGACAUUCAUGUCCUUCUCGAUGAACUGGAGGUUCUGAUUAAUAUUUGAAAGCCCGCUAGCAUCAAGAUUUUGCUGGGCCAGAUAGCAUUUGAGAAAACUUUUAGCGAGAGACAUAGCGCGGAAGGAACAUUAGGAUUAAAAUGUAAAGAG